AUGACAGCAAUUCGUCCAGACACGACCGUGGCUUCCAGUACGACGUUCAGCGACCUCCCGGUGCAUCGAGAUGUUGUUCGUGCACUCACAGCGAUGUGCUUUCUACGUCCGUCUCCCAUUCAGUUGCACGCGCUGCCCGUGGCUCUCUUCGGGAACGAUGUCAUUGGUCAGGCCAAGUCUGGCACGGGUAAAACCGCAGUCUUCGGGGUCACUGCCAUUGAGCACGCUAUUCGAUACAUUGAGAAGAGGCGUCGUAAAUCGGAGAAAGCGGUGGUGGGAGAUCCAUUGGCACUGAUUUUGGCCCCGACGCGAGAGAUUGCGGUCCAGAUUGAGACGGUGCUGCGUCAAUUGGCGCAAUGUCGACCGGAGAUUGUCAUUCGCACUUGCAUUGGAGGACUUGCUGUGAUUCGAGAUCAGACACACUUGUCAACAGGAUGCCACAUUGUGGUGGGCACGCCAGGGCGUGUGAAGGCACUUGUGGACCAGUGUUCUUUACCGUGCACUUCUAUUCGCUUGCUGGUACUGGACGAAGUUGACAAACUCAUGGCGCGAGACUUUGAGAACGAUAUCCAGUACAUUGCGAACGCUAUUCCCGAGAGACGCCAGACACUUGCGUUUUCAGCAACGUUCACUCCGGACCAACUACUUUCUGUCGCGUCGCUGAUGAGAACUCCACAGAUUAUCAGAGCCCGCGGACAGGAUGAAAUCACAACCGAGUUCAUAUCUUGUUCCGAAGACUUAGUGAGUUGGGAGAAGCGAGAGCAGUCGACUUCACCAGAGCUCUGGCUUCGCCAGGUGCGGCAGUACUACAGCAUAAUCGAGCCAUUGCAUUCCGCAUCGGUGGAGAGUGAUCCGCUUGACAUGAAGGCCAAGAUACUGAAGCUGUCAGGACUGCUCUCGGAGAUCGUGUUCAAUCAGUGCAUGGUGUUCUGCAACGACAAGUUUCGAGCUGAAGCGCUGGCCACCGCUUUGAUGAAACAGGGUUGGCCUGCAGCAUGCAUCACUGGCUCACAGGCUCAGUCGACGCGUUUGGAAGUGAUGGAAGGUUUCCGAGAGUCACGGUCACGAGUGUUGGUGUCGACCGAUCUUACUGCGCGAGGCAUUGAUGUUGACAAAGUCAAUUUUGUGGUAAACUUGGAUCUUCCGCGGGAUCCAGCAACCUAUUUGCACCGUGUUGGAAGAAGUGGUCGCUUCGGUGGGAAAGGGUUGGCUGUGACAUUGCUCUCGCACAGUGAAGUGCAAGGGAUCCACCUCCUCGGUCGAGUGUUUAAGAUGGAGAUCAGCGAGCUGCCGACUCCAGUUCCUCCCGGUGUUUACACGUAUGUGGCUGCAGAAGGCGACGGAGAUAAUGACGAAGCAGUGCAGUCUGGAGCGCUAAUGGGUCCAGAAAAGUCGCUUGCAAAGGAGAACAACAUUGAGGAUAGUGUUGACGACGUUGGAUGCAACGUCGACAGUGUUAUUGGCAAACAGAGUGCGGAACAGCAAGUUGCGGCUGAUGAGUUGGCACUGCGAGCUCGAUAUGAAGAAGAGGAAAAAGUUUAUGAGCAGUGGUUGAAGCUACUGUAG